AUGGCAUCCCAGGCGCAGCUGCUGCCCUCGCUCUUUGCGCUCCUCCCCGCCGAGCACCGCGAGCUGAUGCUCUCGCGCAUCUCGCUCCUCGCACUGCACGUGGAGCAGUACCACAUCCAGGACGACAUCUACCUGGCCACGCACCCCGUCAUGCCGGGGCAGAACAGAACACUGCGCCUCCGCGCAAGGCGGAGGCAGCGCCGGCGGGCGUCCGUCACGCCCCGCUGGGCGGGCAACAUCGACCUCGACGUCGGCGGGACCGUGUCCAGCGCCGGCCCGAGCUGGGACUACUCGCUCGCGUGGAUCAGCCCGCCGCUGUCGGGGCGCGAGCACGCCGAGAUGCGCGUGCAGGCGUAUGUCGGCCUCGAGGUCGCUGGGCUGAGUUCGCGGGCCGAGGUCGAGGAGUUUGUCGCUGGAAUAGGGUUCAAACACUCGCACACGUACACUAGGAGCGGACAUCUGUUCCACCUUCCCGUGCCCGGCCAGACGACCUCGACCCUCCAUCUGACUGUGACCCGUGUCCUCGGCCCAGACGACAAGGGCGCAGACCACACAACAGAGCCCUACCUCGUCCAGCUUCAACCCGGCAAGCCCGUCGGCGCCGUGGCGAGUUCACGAGGCGAGCCAUCCCUCCAAGACACGAUGCGCAUCAUGCAGGACGUCUCUCAGAGAAUCGACGGCCUCGAGUGGGAGUCUGGAAGAUAG